GUCAAUUGGUCGUAGACAGUACUUUGAAAUCCAGUGUCGGAAGUGCAGCUUUGGCUUUUUGGGGACUUUUGGCUUAUUUUAGCUUAGUUACCUUCCAGCAAGUUCAUCGCGCUUUAUAUCUACAAAGAUGACACGUCACGCCCGUAAUUGUACUGCAGGAGCAGUUUACACCUAUCACGAGAAGAAAAAGGACGCGUCAUCGUCGGGUUACGGUACGCAGUCUCGUCGCAUUGGAAAAGAUUCAGUAAAAAGUUUCGAUUGCUGUUCAUUAACACUACAACCAUGUCGUCAUCCAGUGAUCACAAAAGACGGUUAUCUUUUCGAUAAAGAAGCUAUUCUUCAAUAUAUCAUCACCAAGAAAAACGAAUACAGUCGAAAAUUGAAAGAAUACGAAAAACAACGUAAAAUUGAAGAAGCAGAGGAAGCCCAGCUUUCCGCUGUAGAGGAGCAAAGGCGUUUGGAAAAGUUCAUUAACACUGAGAAGAACAUCGUCACAAAGUCCUCACUUGCAAUUGGUUCUAAAAUCGAUAAGAGCCAGUUUCCCAGUACGUCCUCUUCCAUUUCAAAUAUGUCGAAUGGGAAUGACAAAAGUUUGCCCAGUUUUUGGGUCCCAUCGCAAACGCCCUCCGCAAAAGCGGCUAAAGCCAAAAAACCAGACCCGACUAUUUAUUGCCCCGUCUCGCAGAAACCUCUGAAGGCUAAAGAUCUAAUUGACAUCAAAUUCACUCUGGUUGAUGACAAAGACGAUAAAAGGUCUUUGAUACUUAAGGAGAACAGAUAUAUGUGUCCAAUAACUCAUGACAUUCUGAGUAACUCAGUCCCGUGCGCGGUGAUUCGGACCACGGGUGAUGUAAUCACGCUCGAAUGCUUUGAAAAAAUAAUUAAGAAGGACUGGAUGCACCCAUUGACUGGGGAAAAGUUAACUGAGAAGGACAUCAUCAUCCUACAACGGGGCGGAACCGGCUAUUCAACUACAAAUGAGAAUUUGGAAGGAAUGGAACAGAAACCUGCAUUGCAGGCUUAAUUCUAGUCGUAAGAGAAACCUGUUUUUAUUUUAUUUUUGUAUUGUACUGUACAAAAGCAACAUUGUAAUUUAACGUGAAGGUUA